UGAUUUCAGUGAAUUUGUCAACAACAGCUGUAUUUCAGUUUUGUUCUUCCGUUCUGUUUGUCAGGUUUUCUAUUAGCUAUAGAGAUUUGGAAUUCUCCUGGAACUUCUGCUGAAGGAAGGCUUACUUCUUUAUGUGUGUGUGUCCUACGUGUUCAUUCGCUCACCUUCGAAAGAUGCAACCUGCUAAUGUGCUUUUGGCCUUAGAAUCUGCCUUGCAUGAGGGUGUGGAUGAUCAAGAACUUAUUGGGAUCACCAGGGGCAGAAUAUUACCUGAGGAACAUCGUGCUGAGAUAUGGUACACUUGUUUAGGGGGAAAGAGUAAGCUAAGUAAUUUUACACAGUUUGAUGAAAUCUUUGAUCUACAAGAACAGGGCCUCAUAAGAGCUGACAGCAAAGCUCUUGUGGAUAAAAUAGGUAACGAAGAGGAGGACAAAGUUUCUGUUGUCAGUGAUAUUGAAUCCAUAUUUACUCACUACUGCAAAACGAGGCACCUCAAAUAUGAUUCCUCGCUGUUGUGGGCUGACAUUGUGUUACCACUCUUGGCAGCAAAAAUGGCCAGGGAUCACAUUUAUAUAUGCUUCGAAGAAAUACUUGAAAAAUAUAUACCUAGGGAAUCUGGCAUUGGAGGUCCAGUCUACCAUUUGUUACGACUGAUAUUGUUAUAUCAUGACCCAAAGUUAUCUACAUUCCUAGAUUCACGUAAAAUUACACCAGAUCUUUAUGCUACAUCAUGGUUAAGAAGUUUAUUCUCUUCUGUGUGUAGCUUGGAUUCCACAAUGGCUCUAUGGGAUAUCUACUUCCAAGAAAGAGAUCCAUUUUUCAUCAUCUUUUUGUCACUAGUCAUAUUGGUAAAUGCAAGAGAUCAAGUGCUUGAAAUGAAGAGUGAAAGUAGGGAUCAGAUUAUCACUACACUGUCAGGAAUUCCAGCUGGUCUUAGUGUAGAUGAUGUCUCUGAUUUUUGCUCCCUUGCAAGAUAUUAUAUUAUCAAAACUCCAUCCACUUUCAGAAAGGACUUUUCAACUGCCAUAUUUGGAUCAGUUUAUAUGGGACAUGGUGACACAUGCAAUAGAGUAGGUGAUCUUCCAUUGUCUCAAGCCCUUUGUCUUCCUGUUGCAGCUGAUGAAAUAAUAGAUACUUGUGACAUGUUGCAGGGUGCUCCAGAUGAUGUUGAACAGGUUCGGUUUUUCCUUGUGGAUUGCAGGCCCUCUGAUCAGUAUAAUGCAGGCCAUCUCCCCAAUGCAUUUCAUCUGGACUCAAGCUUGAUGUUACAGCAUCCUGCUUCUUUUCAAACUGCCGUCCAAGGGUUAUUUAUGGCCCAGCGUCAAGCUGUUGCAUCAGAGACCCCAGGUUGUGGUCAGCACUUGUGUUUCAUUGGAUCUGGUAGAGAACAAGAAGAUCAGUAUGUGCAUAUGGUUGUUGCUUCGUUUUUACAGAGAAAUACACAGUACAUCAGUUUAGCCAAAGGGGGAUACCAUGCUCUGCAUGACAUGUUGGUCCACAAUAUAAAUGAAAGCCUAAGUGAUCAUGACUCCAAACACUGUCUUGUGUGUGCCCCAGACAACCAAUCCCAUUCAUCCGAGCCAGCAGACCAGGAAGAUUUCUCUGUUACCUCCAAGCAGCAACCAUCGUUUAUGAACAAAUUUUCAUCCUUUUCGUCUGUGUUCAAGAUGAGGUCCCCUGCUGUGUUUGAGAAGCUGUCCUCUGUAGUGUCAGGGUCUCGGUGCAUACCAGGACAAACGGGGAAAAUUUCUAAGAAUGAAGCCCCAACGGAAGUUACUCGUAAUGAGGGAACAGCAUGUCCCAGACAGUGUGAUGUUCCAGUAGAAAAUAAUCAAAGUUUGGAAUCUGGAGAGACUAGUGAGUCAGUAGAAAUGAAAGAGAAGCUGGUUGAAUACAUAACUAAUCCUAAUGGGGAAGGGGUGACUGUUGAUCGUCAUGUGAGUUCGCAGGAUCGUGGAAAGCUGUAUCGUAACCAUGGUGAUGUUUUUAGCGUUGGAUUUGAUGAUGAUGAGGUUCCUGGUGGCUAUGAUGGAAGAGAAAACAGUCCUCUGGAAGUUGUGAAAAUUACUCAGUGGCUGAAAAAACCAGAUGUCAUUUCCUCGUUUUCAUGUCAUCAGGUUAAGGAAAAUGGAUAUAUGUACAAAUGUCACCUCCUGCUUAUGGAUACACUUCUCUUUGUGAUACGAGAGUCCGAAACUAAGAGUGGAGAAGGUCACGUAACAGCACGGAGAACUUUAGCGUCUAUAGUCAAGAUAACUUCCAAAAAAAGACAUCCAGAUCUCAUAACCUUCAAGUAUGGUACCACCUCACCUGAUGGCGAUGUCACAAUCUCAGAUAUGGAUAGAUUCCUCAUACCGAAAGCCAGUGAAGCUACCAAAGUUAUCAAAGAACAGAUAAUGAAGCAAAUGGAAGCUGCCAAGACCUAGUAGGCAUCAUGUACAGCACUGGUUUUUUCAUAAAAGUUGUUUACUAUUGACUUCAGUUAAUACAUAUUUGUAUAAACAUGAACAGAGAUUUCAGACGUCAAGAAAAAAUGAUGUUUGUCAGCAGUGAAAGUAGAUGAAAAGUAAAGAAUGAUCAUUAAAAUGAAUGUCUUGGUUUUGUAUCUUUGCAAGACAUUUUACUAGGACAAGGAAAGUUUACUGUAUAUUUGUAACUAAUCUCUGCACAUCACAAAAUGCAGGAUGACUGUUGUAUAAUUCCCUCCAUUACAAUUCCUGGCUGAUAUCUUCUUUAGAACCACAACUCCAUUCUCCUUCCUCUUAACGUCUUACGUCCAUACAGAAACAUGAAACCUCUGUACCUCUUAGGACUACCUGAUUAUUUAUUCCUCCAUUCCAAGACAUUUUUUUACUUGUGUAUAUAAUACAUAAUAAUUCCAUCCUCUUCUUGGGUGGUGAAGUGUCCCUGUUUGAUAGUACGUAUAUAUAAAUAUAUUAUAUAUAUAAAGAGAGAGAUUUACAAUAUAUUGAUAGUUAUCUUUUAAUUAACGUUGAAAAGUCACUGGGCUUACAUAUGGCUUGUCAAGAUUUCUUGCUUUAGCUCAUGUGGUUUUAGGGGAGAAGAUUUUUUUUAGUGUAGGUUUCUUCUGUUCUUAUCAUUUUGAUUUCUGAGAAAUCAGAUAACCGAGAGUUCCAGUAGUUGUUCAUCAUUAUGUAUUAGUGUCAUACAGUUAUUACUUGAAAAUGCAUUUAUAGUUUAUGCUGUUUUAGUGUUUUUGAUACUAUAAUUUUUCAUAGUGCUUCUAAGUAACUUUUUGGAGUCAUCUGAAAACCUGCAUACUGUGAUGAAAAAUCGUCAUGCAAUUGUGGUUUUACCAUUUUUUUAAAUUGUGGCCAGUCUGUAGACCCCCAGCCAUUUUUUUAAUAUUGCACUUCCUUUUUAUUUGUACUUUUAUUAGUUUGCUUUGGGGCUGAUGUGCACAAGAAAACUUUAAGGAAAAAAGUAUCAUUUAUAUUUAUUUUUAAAUGAUAGAGUCCAGCUUAUUUCUUGAGGAAAAUGCCUGCACAAUUAAGCAAGUUUUCCAAGUGCCCCUUUCAAAAAAUGUGAAAUUGUUGAGGUUAGGCAUUUAGCAACUUACAUAUUUCUUUUAUUUAUAAGAACUUCACAUGGUAUCUUUAUGAAAAUUAGGUAAGUUUGGAUUGGUGACUGUAGAAAUAAAGUACAGUAUAAUCUUGAGAAUUUCUUCCACAACAUGAUGCAAAUAAAAUGGAUUUUAAAUUGAAUAUCAUGGGAGAUAGGACAUACAGCUAUACUACUAGUUAUGAAUGGAGUUUUAGUGUGCCAAUAUUACAUUAAAUGAAAAGUACUUAUCCUUAGGGAAAUGUGUUAUCAUGAUUUCUUCAGUAAUUAGUCUAAACAGAAUGAUACUUAAUGUAAGGGAGAAGAUAGAUGGAAAUUUGCCAAACUAAGUGGUAUCUUUUUUGUUUGAGAGAAUAAUUUUGUCAUUGAAUAAGCACAAUGCCCAACUUAAAUUUGUUUAUGGGAAAGCAUCAUUACUGUACAAAGACUGUUAUAUAUAAUAUAGAGAAGAAUAUUAGUCUUUUAACAAAUUUGUUUACUGACAAGAAUUUUCAUUACAAUUAUUUUAUGACGGUAAUGUUAACAUCAUUUUUUUGUCGUAUACCAGGCAGCAUUUGCUUACCAGUUUUGUACGUUUGAAUUUCCUUUCAGCAGCUUUCCUCUAUUCCUUUCACUAAACUUGCAAUCUGCAGGUAAUGUUACUAAUCAUCUGUAUUCUCUAAAAUUGUCCUAAUUUUUGUAGGAAACUUGUGAACAAAAUCUAGAUUUUAGUAUGAAAGUAGUGAAUCCCAAAACGUGUGACAGGAGUUGUACUGGAUUACUCAUAUUUUCAUAUGUGUUUUAUCCUCAUUUCACAAUUUAUGUGGCUCUAACCUGUUGAUUUCUUAUUUAAAUAUUUACCUAGGGUUCCUUUUCCAAGGACAGGAAACUGAUCAUGUAAAAAUUUCUUUUCAAAUUUUAGUAAAACAGGCUUUGUUGUGUCUUUUGCAUUAAAAUUAUAUAUAUCGUGA